CAAACACAAGCGCAUGAGUCGCAAGUUUAGGCAGCAGCACAGAUUUAGAAAAUGUGUGCCUCGGGGCAAAGGCGCUCCUGUGAGCUACUAAACACCGCAAUGUCUGAAACUCCCUGAGGACAAGUUCCACAUUUAUUCCUUCUUCCUCAACAGUGAAGUUUCAGGAGCUGACAGAAGUCUCUUCAUCUCUUUAGAAGACUUGAGAAGUGUCGAUCAUGGUGAAAGGAGGACGAGCGCAGAGGGGUGAAGACUUCAGUUUUGUCAGUCCGGUCGUCAAAUAUUUACUUUUCUUCUUUAACACGAUAUUUUGGAUUAUCUCAGUGGUGCUGAUGUCCAUUGGUGUGUACGCCAGAAUAAGUAAACACGAGACGGCGAUGGCCUGUUUGACGGUGGACCCCUCCAUCCUGCUGCUGAUCGUCGGAGUUCUCAUGUUUCUCCUCACGUUCUGCGGAUGUGUGGGUUCUCUCCGAGAGAACAUCUGCCUCCUGCAGACGUUCUGCAUCUGCUUGUCUGUCAUCUUUAUGCUGCAGUUGGUUGCUGGAAUUUUAGGUUUUGUCUUUUCAGACAAGGCGCGCUAUAAAGUGACCGAAAUGUUCAGCAAUGCAGUCAAGCAUUACAGAGAUGAUCUGGACUUGCAGAACCUCAUUGACUUCACACAAAAAGAGUUUGCCUGCUGUGGUGGUGUUUCUUACAUGGAGUGGUCUGAGAACAUGUAUUUCAACUGCACGGAGGAGAACCCGAGCAGAGAGCGCUGUGCCGUGCCUUUCUCCUGCUGCCUCAUCUCUAAAGACGAGGCUCUAAUAAACAGUAUGUGUGGACACGGCAUGCAGAAGCUGGAGAUGAUGAGAGCCAGCGCUUUUAUCAACACCAGCGGCUGCAUUGACAAACUCGUCAACUGGAUCCACAGCAACCUGUUUCUGCUCGGAGGCAUAGCACUGGGCCUUGCCAUCCCUCAGCUGGUGGGAAUCCUGCUCUCUCAGGUCCUGAUUAACCAGAUCCAAGAUCAGAUUAAACUUCAGGACUACACCGUGCAACACCACUCGGACCCAUGGAGCUGAACGUGGAACAGCUCGGUCUGACACUCAGCAUCGUGCCUCUUAGUACAAUCAGAGUGAAGCUAAACUACACGACACGCAUGAAAACCACGUGAUCAUGACGUGUCAUGAAUGCUGUGGUUAUUACACCGAAAGUGACCUGAAUGAUUGGGUGGGAUUAAAAAAAUAAUGACCUUUUCAUGUUGUAAGAGAACAGAUUUGGAAGCUAAUUAUAUGAAAUGUAGAUGGGAGGUCUGAAUCACCGUAAUGUAAUGUGAUAUUUAUUCUUUUGCACUUGGAGAAUGUUGCAAAGACUGGCAACACUAAAUUUUCAGAAGUGCCUCCUACUGCUUCAAAGGUUACUGAGCGUUCCUUUCUACACAUGGACAGCUAAAAUUAGCUGUGCAGAUCGGUUAUCCCCGUUAUACAUAUCUUCUAUAUACGUAUGUGUGUAUGUGCAUUCUUACUGCAAACAUGCAACCUGGUUUGUUUUGUACAUUUCAGGGAUGAGUCAUUUUGGGGUUUUUUUUCCCCCCCGAUAUGGUGCCGUUUUUGCCUUUGGGAUAUUUUGUGUAUAGGGUGUCAUGUGUUAGGCAACAAAGCUUUCAUGUAUACUUAUACCACAUCUACUAUAAACACUUAAAAAACUUCAACUGUAUGUAAAAAUGUGUCCUGUAGAAAAUAUUCAAAUGCCUAACUGCAGCUAAAAUCCACAACGAUGUUGGACCAUGGAUUGAUUUUGCACCAUUAAAUCUCUCCACUGUUA